AUGGAAAUGAGAAACCAAAGCACUCUCACUGACUUUUUGCUCCUGGGCUUCUCUGGAUACCCAGUGCUACAGCUUUUUGUAUUCUGGAUCUUCCUGGGCAUGUACCUGGUCACUCUAUUUGGGAACCUGCUCAUCAUCCUAGCUAUUGUUGCUGACCAGCACCUCCACACACCCAUGUACUUCUUCCUGGCUAACCUGUCCUUCACUGAGAUCUGCUUCAUCUGCACCAUUGUCCCCAAAGUACUAGUAAACAUCUGGACCCAACAUCAUACCAUCUCCCAUACUGGGUGCCUCAUGCAGAUGUAUUUCUUCAUGACAUUGACCCUGCAGGAUGAUUUCCUACUUGGCGUGAUGGCGUAUGAUCGCUAUGUAGCCAUCUGCCUUCCUCUACACUACAGUAUGAGCAUGGGUCCCCAGUGCUGCCUGCUGCUGGUGGCCACAUCCUGGCUCUGCUCCACCCUCUUGGCCUUUUCACUCAUUCUCCCAAUAGCUCAGUUUUCCUUCUGUGCCUCCCAUUCCAUCCCACAUUUUUUCUGCGAUGUACCCCCACUCCUUAAGCUUGCUUGUUCAGACACUCAUACCUUUCAAGUCACAAUGUUAACUGAAGCAGUUCUCUCAGGCAUGAUUCCUCUCAUCUGUGUCUUAGUUUCUUAUGCCCACAUCAUGCAUACCAUCCUCCGGAUUAACUCUGCCGGAGGGAAGCACAAAGUCUUUUCUACCUGUGGCUCUCACCUAACAGUGGUCGCUCUUUUCUAUGGGACACUCUUUCUGGUUUAUUUCCAACCAUCAUCUUCCUACUCUGCAGACACUGGAAUGGUUGUGUCUGUGAUAUAUACAAUCAUCACCCCCAUGUUAAAUCCUUUUAUCUACAGCUUGAGGAAUAAGGACAUGAAGGGAGCUUUGUGGAGACUCUUUGGCUUGGGAAAAUACUGUAAUUACUAG